AUGAUGCGCCGUUUUUUGUCGGCUAUGGGCCAAAACCGCUCCUUCGCUGAAAACAGGCUUCUUCUUACCGCCAAACACCUUCGACCUGAACAGUGGUCUAGACUGCUUUCACAAUACGCCUCGGCACAAGUUGGUCUGCGGUUCUCAUCGUCAUACAAGAACUAUGCCGUGCAAUCGGACGAGAACAAGAUUGUGUCGUAUUUCCACGAUAUUCCACUCUCUUUGGAUGUGGAGAAGCGCACUGUGAACAUGGUGGUGGAAGUUCCACGCUGGUCGAACGCCAAGUUUGAGAUCAGCACCUCUUUGGAAGGAAACCCGAUAGUUCAAGAUACAAAGAACGGGAAAGUUCGGUUUGUGCGCAACUUGUUCCCGUACCAUGGGUAUAUCCACAAUUAUGGCGCAUUGCUGCAAACGUGGGAAGAUCCAACGGUGAAAAGCAACGUGGAUGGUCUUGUAGGAGACGGUGAUCCGUUGGACGUUUGUGAAAUUGGAUCUCGUGUAUGGCCCACAGGCAGUGUACGCCAGGUGCGUGUUUUGGGAUCGUUGGCGCUUGUGGACGAUGGUGAAUUGGACUGGAAAGUAAUUGCUAUUGACACAGAAGACCCAUUGGCAGACGAGCUUUUUGACGUCCACGAUGUUUUCGUCAAAUGCCCUGGACUUCUAGAGGCAACAAGACAAUGGUUCAAGGACUACAAGAUUCCGGACGGAAAACCUCAGAAUCGUUUUGCUUUGGGCGGGAAAUACCGCACUCUGCAAGAAACCAUCGAGACUAUCGUGGAGUGUCAGGAAGCUUGGAAACGCUUAGUUAAUGGCGAAACAAAACCUUCGGGCGAUUUUUCUACAGCAAAUGUCGGUGUUCCAGACUCUGAGGGACAUGUUCUGCGCUUCUCGUUCAACGAUUCAGUCUUGGGUGCGGUGUGUGAACCAGAUACACCAAUUCCAGCCGAAGUGGAUCAACCUUUCUACGUGGUGACAUAG